UGUAGAGAAAUGUUUUCUCUACAAAACUGCCGUUUUAGAAAAAUGUUACAAAUCGUUUUUAUGAAAAUACAAAACAUUUAUUGUGAAUUUUUGAAAAAUACGAAAAAAUAACCGAUGCACUCCUAAUUCAUAAGAUAUUUCUUUAACGAUGUAUACGUACGGAAAACAGAAUCAUCCUGUAAGAUGAUGAUCGACUUUAUUUUUGAAAAAAUAACUUCUUUGUCAAGACCUUUAUGAACUUGAUAUUUUUACUGUUAGCUACAUUCACAGGUAUAUUUAUCAUAUGAAGUCGAUCGUUGAAUGAAUUAAUCUGCGAUACUCUUCUGAUAAAAUCGUUGAAUUGGAUCGUCAUAAUAAUUCUUUGUCUUUCCAGAGUCCUGUAUCAACAUCAAAAUCAAACUAUGGAUGCUUUACAAGCUUUUGUGUGUGCAAUACAAAUCGAUAAUGAACACUCCACAGCAUGGAUGGAUUUAGGCAUAUUGUAUGAGGCAUCCGGUCAACCACAAGAUGCUUUAUCGUGUUAUUUGAAAGCAACUAAAGAAAAAGACGAUUCUUGGAAUUCUGACCUUCGUUUGCGUAUAACGCAAUUACAAACAUUUUUUAAUCAAAUCCCUGAUACAAUACUUUCCAAACAAACACGUGGUCCAUUACCGAAAAUUGACGAAGCUUUUACGUUACCAAUUCCCGCUGAGCUCACAGCAAAACAACAACAGCAACAAAUACAACAAAACUCUAUUUGUCAACCGAUUCAACAAACUGCACAAACAGUUGCCAAUUCUUCCACGACAAAUUCCUCAACUGAAUCAAUUGUUAACAGUAAUCAUUCUCAUCCUCCUCUUAUUCCUCAGUCACAGUCCACAUCAGUGAUGAUGAAUUCUAACAAUACAGAUUCGAGUACUAUCGAUUUACUGCAAACUUCGAAACCUCCAAAACGUUUAAAAACAAAUGAUGAAUCAUCUGAAAACACAGAUUCAAAUGAGAUAAAAAAUUCCAUACCAAAACAACAUUUAGAUUCAAUUCGUAUUGAUAAAAAAAUAUUAAAUUCUGAUUUACAUAAACAAGAACGUUUAGAACGAGCUAAAGUCGAUCAACAAGCUCCAUCGAUUCCAUACAGUGAUAUUACGUCGUAUGAAUUAACAAAAUUAAUUAAAACGUAUGCAUCUACAUAUCCACCAUCUCAAGUGAGUUAUUUACCCGAUGGACGUAUUCCAAUCACUCCCGCAGCUCCAUUUCCACCAUUACCAAAGGAUCAAUUGAAUCCACCUACACCAUCUGUCAUCUUAGAAACGCGUCGAGAAGCUACAUCACCUCAAUUACAACAAUACUGCCUCUCACAGCCAAUAAGUGUCAUACGUGGUCUAGCCAAUGUUCUCAAAUUAGAUUUGGGUUUAUUCUCAACCAAGACGCUAGUUGAAAUGCAUCCUGAACAUCAAAUUGAAGUACGAACACAACGUCAACAACCAUCAGAUGAAAAUAUCGAUCAAACAGUGACAACCUAUAAAAAAAACAUUUGGAAAUGUGAAUCAAAUCGAUCUUAUACUACAAUUUUAAAAUAUGCACAAUAUCAAGCAUAUUCCUAUCAUGAAAUGAUUAAAGAUGAACAACAGUGCGAGGCAUCAACACCUGCAGUUCAAAAUCAAGCAUCGUUAAAUACGCUUGUUAACGGAAACAAAACUAAACAAACUAAACAUAUAAAUAGCAAUGGACUUCACUCAACAACAUCAUUGUCUGAUCCUCAACAAUGUAAACGUGCAUCACGUACAAUCAAAUUCGGUACGAAUGUUGAUUUAUCCGAUGAACGUAAAUGGUCAUUACAAUUACAAGAAUUGGCAAAAUUACCAUUAUUCAUGAGAGUUGUAUCAGCUGGAAAUAUUCUAUCACAUGUUGGAUAUACAAUUUUAGGAAUGAACAGUGUACAAUUGUAUAUGAAAGUGCCCGGAAGUCGAACACCCGGUCAUCAAGAAAAUAACAAUUUUUGUUCAGUUAAUAUGAAUAUAGGACCGGGUGAUUGUGAAUGGUUUGGAAUAUCAAAUGAAUAUUGGGGUGUUAUCAAUCAAUUAUGUGAAAAAAAUGGUGUCAAUUUUUUAACAGGAUCAUGGUGGCCGAUUUUAGAUGAUUUAUAUGAAGCAAAUGUGCCAGUCUAUAGAUUUUUACAAAAACCAGGUGAUCUUAUUUGGGUGAAUUGUGGUUGUAUUCAUUGGGUUCAAUCUGUUGGCUGGUGUAACAAUAUUGCAUGGAAUGUUGGUCCAUUAACACAUCAACAAUAUACAAUUUCGAUUGAACGUUAUGAGUGGAAUAAAUUGUGUCAAGUUAAAUCCAUUGUACCCAUGAUACAUUUAACAUGGAAUAUAGCUCGAAAUAUUCGUAUUAAUGAUAAAAAACUCUACGAUAUUAUUAAAUAUAUUUUAUUUCAAUCAUUAAAAUAUAUUCAAUUAUGUUUACAAUAUUUAGAUUUAAAUUUUGGACAAACAAUUGAAAUACGAAAACAAUUACGUCAAGUACAAGAACCAGCUCAUUAUUGUAUUAACUGUGAAAUUGAAGUUUUUAAUGUUCUAUUUGUUAGUGAACAAGAUCGAAAACAUGUUGUACGAUGUCUCGAUUGUGCUUUACAAUUAGAUAAAUAUUUAGAAAAUUUUGUGGUUCUUUAUCAAUUUUCACUAGAUGAUUUAAAAACAAUUUAUGACCAAUUUCAAUUAUACGUAUUACCUACUUUUACACCGAGGAUACCAUUGUCAUUGCCAGCGCCACAACAAACACACAAUCCUUCAUUAUCAUCAACGUCAACUUAA